AUGCCUACAGCGUUCUUGCUUUCUGUAUUGGCUUUAAAAAAGCUACAAACUAAAGAAGUGUUUAUUAAAAAAAAAACACUAAGGGAUUCUUCCAAUCCAUUGGACAUUCCAGACCAAGCUUUUAUAGCUCUCUACCGGUUAAACAAGACUGCAUUUUUGAUUAUUGUGGAAGGAACUUCUCGGCAUAUGAGCAAAAGUUCAAUUCCAGAAAUAGUGCGAUUGGCUGGUGUUUUAAGAUUUUUGGCAGUCGGGUCUUUUCAAGGUGUGAUCGCCAAUGACAUUAAUAUAAGUAUGGGCCGUAGCACUUUCUGUAAAGUUUUAUGGAACGUACUCAAUAUUCUUGAGGAGAGGCUGUGUCCACAUUGGAUUAAGUUGAAUAUGACAGAAUCUGAAGCAAGAGAAUCUAAAAUACGUUUUUAUUCAAAAUUCAAAAUACCCGGCGUCAUUGGAUCUGUAGAUGGCACCCAUGUGCGACUUAUAAAGCCUGCGCAAGAUUCUGAACAUUACUAUUGCAGAAAGGGAUAUUACAGCUUAAAUGUGUUGAUUAUUUGUGAUUACCAAAUGAAAAUUCGCGGUGUGGAUUCAACUAGGCCUGGCUCAUGUCACGAUGCUUUUGUUUGGAACUUAAGCAAUGCAAGCACCUACUAUGCGGAAAUGUAUUCCCAUGGGAAUAGUAAUUCAUGGUUGUUGGCCGACUCUGCAUAUGCAUUAAAACCUUAUGUUUUGGUGCCGUACAAAUCAGCGGUGUUUGGUUCAAUGCAACAUAAAUUUAAUUUAGUACAUUCAUCAGCUAGAAAUAUAGUAGAGAGGACUAUAGGGAACUUAAAAAGUCGUUUUAGAAGCCUUCAGAUGUGUCUUCCCUAUAGUCCGCCGAAAGUAGUAAAAAUUGUAAAUGUUUGCUGCGCUCUGCACAAUAUUUGCAAACAUUAUAACAUUCCUGUAGAAGAUCAAGAUCAACUAGUUCCCACUACACAUGAAGAAGUGGAAGAAGAGCCGGAUCAAUUACAAAGCAAUAACGCAGGAGCGGAAAUUAGAGACAAUAUUGCAAGGACUUUGUUGUAA